AACAUCAAAUGACAGGUCUGAGUUUAACAUCUCUCACAAACUCAGAAUUCCUCUCAUCAGAACAAAGGAAACAUCUUAGUCUUCCAUUUACCAAACUAAUGUCAAACUAAAACACAUAUCAUGAUAAUAAUUAUAUAAGCAUAUUUCUUUCACAGUCUGUCAGUCGCAUGCCGUUUGUGCUGGUGGUGUUAUCGCUGUUGGAAAGGAUUAGUCAACCCUUGGAGCUUAGCGGUGGAGAACAGCAGAGACAUGCACUGGGAUAGAAAGUUGACGAGUAAGGUUGUCCUCUCGCAGUGACUCGAAGAUCGAGCACGAUGAGGCUGGCUGCACUGGUACUCUUGCUCCUGGGGUCUUCAAAUGGGGUGGUGACCCAGGUGUCCCUUCAAGAAGCAGAGGAGGAAGAUCAAGGCAGUGGCGUGGAGUCGGAUCCAGAGGUUCUGGCUGAUAUCUACUGGUCAGGGACUGCUCCUGUGUGUGUCGGAGGAUGUAAGGGGAGACACCGUGAGCUGAAGAAGGAUCGCUGUGGCAACUCCGACUGCUGCUGGUUUGGAUAUAAAUCCUUGUGUCGAGUGAACUGUGGGCAGCCUGAUGUGGAUGUGAAUGGAGUUGUCUAUGGGAAUGACUGGUGGGUCGACUCAGUGGUGCGCUAUGCCUGCCGACCUGGCUUCAUGCUCAUCGGUGACCCCGCGAGAGCGUGCCAGUCGAAUGGGAGGUGGACGGCCAAACCUUCCUGCCUCAGGGUUUGUAGGCAAGGGCGUGUGGAAAUAAGUGAGCGGGACCUCGAUGGGACCUGCUCCUCCUCCUGCUCCACCAAGUCCUAUGAGGGUGAGCCCAAGAGGGGCUGCAGCCGAAUCACCGACUGCAAGAAGAAGGAGUCGGGCUGGAAGCGCUGGUUCACUCGCUGUGACACCUGCCAGUGUGACUGCUACGUCCCCUGUGCAACUGCGGGAUAGAGGAUGGACCAUUGAAACCAUCUUGAAAA